AUGGACCAGGCCAAUGAGACUGUCCCAGAUGGCUUCAUUCUCCUGGGCUUCUCAGAUAAGCCUAGGCUAGAAAUUACUCUCUUUGUGUUUGUGUCUGUUUUUUACAUGAUCACCCUCGUGGGCAAUAUCACCAUCAUACUUUUGUCUCAUGUAGACUCUCAUCUCCACACCCCUAUGUACUUCUUCCUCACCCAGCUCUCUUUUCUAGACCUUUGUUUCACCACCAGCUGCAUUCCCCAGAUGCUGGUGAACCUCUGGGGCCCAGACAAGACCAUCAGCUACCUGGGAUGUGCAGCUCAACUCUACAUCUUUCUGGGACUCGGUGCUGCUGAAUGUGUCUUGCUGUUGGUCAUGGCUUUUGACCGCUAUGUGGCAGUGUGUCGACCCCUGCACUAUGCUGUCAUUAUGCACCCAAAGUUGUGUCAGAAGCUGGUGUUCAUAGUAUGGGUGAGUGGAAUUUUUGGCACUUUGGUGCAGUCCCCCUCCACAAUGAAGCUGCCCUUCUGCCGUCACCACCGAGUAGAUGACUUUGUAUGUGAAGUUCCUGCAUUGAUUCGCCUGGCCUGUGGAGACACACGUACCAAUGAACUCCAAAUCUCAGUGAUUGGUGCCAUCUUCCUGAUGGUGCCACUACUGCUCAUCCUGGUCUCCUAUGGACACAUUGCUCAGGCAGUGCUGGCCAUCCAGUCCCAAGAAGGAAGGAGCAAGGCCUUCCGUACCUGUUCUUCACACCUGGUGGUUGUCUUCCUCUUCUACUGCAGUGUCACUGCAGUCUACAUCCAGCCCCGGAGCCGAUUUUCCCAGAAAGGAGGGAAAUUCCUGACUCUUUUCUAUACUGUGGUGACACCUACACUCAAUCCCCUCAUCUACACCUUGAGGAACAAGGAUGUGAAGGGAGCGCUCAAGAGGCUAUUUGGAAAAGAUAGAAUGGCCACUGAGAAGUAA